UUCACGUACUGAAAUUAGCACUAGCAUUAGCUGAUCAUAGAGCGAACCAAUAAUAGUCCAACACUAUUUGUAUUGUAACCCUUACAUGAAAGCCCGUUCAUGUUAUUUGAAAGUGGUUAUUAAAACAUUACCUAUUGACGAGCCUCGCUUGUUGUAUUCUCGGUUUAUCAUCGUCUUUUGUUGAGCUAACUUGUCAUUUUGUGCAAAAUCGUGCGGUUGGUUCAAGUAAGCUAACGUUAUUAACGCGGCGUAACGUUAUCGAAAAUCCUUUUUUUUUUUUUACAUUGCAUAUGUUGACGGUAUGCACUGGUAAUUUUUUUAAAGUGUGCAUUUGCAAAGGACACUUAAAACAAAGAAACAAAACGUUAGCUCCAGUACCAUCAACUGGAUCAUCUUCGGCCCACGGGAUGGCUGCUGCAGCCAGACCAAGUGCCGCCCAGAAGGAGCUCAUGGAUCUGUACGGGGAUUUGAAUGAAAACGACGAAGACUUUGACACAAUUGCUGAAGCAAAUGAACUUUAUGAUGCUGUUUUGACCGGCUCAGUCGAUCGGGACAAGAAAGGCAGUACAAAUGCAGCGAGUCCUAACAAGACCCCUACUCAAGAGGAGGCUAACUCAACAACAGAGAAAUGCCCAGACAAAGGACACCCACAGAGGAGACUGGCUAUAUAUAUUGGAAAUUUCCCCUGGUGGACAACUGACAAGGACAUCGUGAGCCUGGCUCAAACGUUGGGUGUGCAGGACAUCAAAGAGAUCAAAUUUGCUGAGAAUAAAAUUAAUGGCCAGUCGAGAGGGUUCGCCGAAGUAGAGGUCACCUCAAACGAGUCAUUGAAAAUAUUGUUUAAAAAAAUACCCAAAUGUGAGCUCAAUGGGGAGAGGAUAGACUGCCGCCUUGCCACCAGCCAGAACCUUGGUGUGUUUGAAGACAUGGCAAAUAGACGUAUACCCAUGCGCAUUAGUUACUUAGAUCCUAAGGUCUCAGAUUCUUCGAACAAGAUUCCCUCAUUAUUACCACAGGAGCCCAAUCCUUCCCCUUUACCUCCACACUACCCAUCACAUCCAAUUGCAAACAGGUUUCCAUCAUUACCCAACCCUUACCAUGGUCAUCCUCCACCUCCCUUCCCACACAUGCCUCCACACAUGCCCCCACACAUGCCUCCACACAUGCCCCCACACAUGCCUCCACACAUGCCUCCACACAUGCCUCCGCCCAUGCUUCCACCCAUGCCUCCACCCGCCAUGCCGCCCCCUUAUUUCCCUCCUCAUCCAGUCCAUAUUCCCAGCCAACCUCCCAGUCUACAUGUCAAUCCAGCCUUCUUCACGCCAGCACCAGACGGGCCCAGCAGCAACGCUUACAGUCAACAACAGCGCACAUCUCAAAGUCAAGAUGCAGAUUUUGAGCAGCUGAUGAACAGAAAUAGAGCUAUUGCCAGCAGUGCCAUCAGCAAGGCUGUGUCUGGAGCAACAACCGGAGACUUGCGGGUGGCCAUGGAGACUCUAUUAACUGCCAUUGCCAUCAUUAAGCAGUCCAGAGUGUAUACAGAUGAACGCUGCCAGGCCCUGGUCACCUCGCUCAAAGACUGUCUAGUCUCUAUCCAGGGAAACUGCAGCUACAGGAAAAGCAGUCGUUCUGGGGAAGAAGAAAGAGACCGGGACAGGGGUCGUGACAGAGAGCGCGAGCGGGAUCGAGAGCGCGACAGAGAAGACUCUUCUGAUUGGGACGUUGCAGGAAUGUCCCGAAGACACCGGCAACAUUCCCGAAGCGAAGAGAAAGACAAAGAACGCUCCCGGGAAAGGGAAAGGCACAGAGAUCACAGAGAUCAGCGAGAUCAGAGAGAGCACAGAGAUCAGCGAGACCAGCGAGACCAGCGAGAUCAGCGAGACCAGCGAGAUCAGCGAGACCAGCGAGACCAGAGGGAUCAGAGAGAUCAGAGAGAGCAGAGGGAUCAGAGAGGCCGUUACCGCUAACAUGACAGAUGGAGUGUUGAAGUGUGGUGAAGAGCAGACAGGACUAUUUGUUUCUGCACAAAGUGCUUCAAAUCUGGAGAUAUCCAAGGUGAGACUGAAGAUGAAGAAUUCUAAAGUGUACUUUUUGGUUCACCAGUCAUCUGUAAAUACUGCAACUUUAACUUGUUUUAAGAAAAAAUUUGAUUAUAGAUUGUUGCUGGGACAAUUUCUUGAUUGCAUGCGCAGGAACACUCAAUAACUUGUGAACACAAUGUAAUGUUUUCAUCACUUUCUUUUGUAUUCAAUUUAAGAUUAAAAACAUUCCCUGAAAAUGUGA